AUGUCCACCAGGUCCUGCCUGGCGAAGGGUGGUGGUUGGUGCACCACAGAGCAACGCUGCGUGGAAGACGACGUGGCCUAUUGCGAGGCGGAGAGCCUCAUUGGCUUGGCAGGAUUCACGGAUGAUUGUGGCUCGGACGAAGAGGGCCAGAAGCCGCAUGUGCGACCUUGGAUCGACAAAGGCGUUCUUGUGUCCUACAUCCAUGAGAAUGGUACGUGCUGCGGCACGGGCAUCGUCCACCGGGCGUACCACGUUCUCGAAGAAUACACUGUCCUCCUUCAGGACGGCUCCAAAGAGGAAGUGAGCCUUGUCCCACUUCAGACCUCGUGUGAUGCUUCGCUUGGUUCUAUCCCAGAGUCAGAAUGUGAGUUAGUAAGCUUUGCUGAACAUGUCUUGACUAAGGAGCUUUGCUUGAUAUGA